GUCUUCUGAGUUCAGGGGCCCCUCUGACCUCUGUUGAACCUCUUCUCUUUCUCUUUCUCUCUCUCUCUCUCUCUCUCUCUCUCCACACCCCCAAUUCAUGUACCUAGAGGGAGGCGAGUGUUAGAGCAAAGGGUGUCUGUGACCAGGUCAGUCAGUGAAGCCAGGACAGCUUGGGAAUCCCUGGGGCUCCAGUUUGACCCAACGGUCACAGCAGGAACCAGGGAGCAGAGAGCAAGGGAGGGAGGAAGCGACAGCUCGGAAGCACAAGAUGUCCCGUGAAUUGGGAGAGCUCACCCAAACCCCACUGCAGAAGAUCUGGAUCCCACAUACGAGUAAUCGGUUGCAGCAGCGGAGGGGCUCCUCCGUCCCCCAGUUCACCAAUUCCCCAACAAUGGUUAUUAUGGUGGGGUUGCCAGCCCGAGGCAAGACCUACAUCUCCACAAAGCUAACUCGAUAUCUGAAUUGGAUUGGAACCCCCACAAAAGUGUUCAAUUUAGGGCAGUAUCGCCGAGAAGCCGUGCAGUCAUACAAGAACUAUGAAUUCUUCCGCCCUGACAACAAAGAGGCCAUGAUGAUAAGGAAGCAGUGUGCACUGGCAGCUCUGAAUGAUGUCCAUGAAUAUCUUAGUCAUGAAGAAGGCCAUGUAGCGGUUUUUGACGCCACCAAUACUACCAGGGAGCGCCGGUCACUUAUUCUCCAGUUUGCCAAGGAGCAUGGGUACAAGGUCUUCUUCAUUGAGUCCAUUUGCAACGACCCCGAUAUCAUUGAAGAGAAUAUCACACAAGUGAAGCUGACCAGCCCCGAUUAUAAAGACUGCGAUCGGGACAAAGUGGUGGAAGACUUCCUGAAAAGAAUCGAGUGUUACCAGAUCACUUACCAGCCCCUAGAUGAUGAGCUGGACAGCAGUCUCUCUUACAUUAAAAUUUUCGACGUGGGCAACCGCUACCUCGUGAACCGGGUGCAGGAUCACGUCCAGAGCCGAACCGUGUAUUACCUCAUGAAUAUCCAUAUCACGCCACGCUCUAUCUACCUUUGCCGGCAUGGAGAAAGUGAACUCAACUUGAAGGGCAGGAUCGGGGGGGAUUCAGGGCUCUCCUCCCGAGGCAAGCAGUAUGCAUACGCCUUAGCCAACUUCAUCCAGUCCCAGGAUAUUGCUGCUCUGAAGGUGUGGACCAGCCACAUGAAGAGGACUAUCCAGACAGCAGAGGCGCUCCAUGUCCCAUAUGAACAGUGGAAGGCCUUAAAUGAAAUUGAUGCAGGCGUCUGUGAAGAGAUGACAUAUGAGGAGAUUCAAGAACAUCAUCCAGAGGAAUUUGCACUACGAGAUCAGGAUAAAUACCGCUAUCGUUAUCCCAAAGGAGAGUCCUAUGAGGAUCUGGUGCAGCGACUUGAACCCGUGAUUAUGGAGCUGGAGCGGCAGGAGAAUGUGUUGGUUAUCUGCCAUCAGGCUGUGAUGAGAUGCCUCUUGGCCUACUUCUUGGAUAAGAGUGCAGAGGAGCUGCCAUAUCUCAAGUGUCCCCUGCACACAGUGCUGAAACUCACCCCUGUGGCUUACGGUUGCAAAGUAGAAUCGAUCUACUUAAAUGUGGAAGCAGUAAACACCCAUCGGGAGAGGCCAGAAGCUAGCCAGCUGGCCCGUGUAUCGGCACUGCCACGCUGUACCCCAGGCUAACCUCCCAACCAACCAAAAUGCCCUGCUUGGAAGACCUGGGUCUAGCCAUUUCUUCCUGUGGCCCUUUCUGCUUGAUCCCUUGGUCCUCAGAAUGUGGACAUCACCCGAGAACCUGAAGAAGCCUUGGACACAGUUCCAGCCCAUUAUUAAGUAUACGUGGACCAAGCUGCUCUUAAAUUUCUCUUCUGCUUUUGGUUCCCCUUUCGAUGAACCAAUUUACCCACUCUCAAACAUCACCUCAGUAAGUCUAUCUCGUGGUUAAUGAAGGUACCGAGAAUCGUUUAGCCACCAGCAGUGUGGCUAAACUCUGCUGGAAGAAGAUAUUAGGUUGUCAGUGCCAGAAAUCCUUCUCUAUGCAGGCCAGUGACCUCAGGGGAGGUAAAGGGAUGACCCCCGGCAACACCGAAAAGGCUUCCGCAGGAAACAGCUCUCGUCCCAAAUCAAAUUCUCGGCCUUACGUAUUCAGAUGCCCUUCAUGGUUCAGAUCAGUUCCUGAACCAGAGUUACUGUUAUUAAGUUUCCUCCUUUUCAAAGCUGAUGACUGUAGUAAGAAUGUAGUUUUUCUAUGGUAUUUCUUAAGUGCUUACUAUGUCCCAGGGACCGUAUUACAUGCUGGAAGAGAUACAAGCUAAACAGCUGGGCGGUUCGUGUCCCAAAUGGGGCUCAGAGUCAUAAUCCCCAUUUUACCGCUAAGGUAACUGAGGCACAGAGGAGUUGUGAUUUGUCACACAGCAGAUAAGUGGCGGAGUCAGGCUGCCAGGCCCAUGCUCUAUCCACGAAACCGCGCUGCUUCUCAAGUUUUUGAAACCCACCUCCCCCUACACUUCAUGUAUGAAACAAAAACGGUUUGUCCACUGUGCAUUGAAGAAAAUCAGAUCAUACCUCUCCUAAGCAAUAAACCUUCCUGUUCUAUCAAGGCAGAUUGGAAGACUGAAGGGAAUCUCUGUGUACUGUGUUUCUCAGAAAGGGAUUAUGAGGAAACGAUCAAUAGAAAGUUGGCCCUUUUACCCUGAUCAGUUCACCGACUCUGCCACGGUAAAGACGGUAGUUUCCCGGAUAUAUUACACUACUUUUACAUUUGCAAACAGGCCCCUUUUACUUAAGUGAAAUGAGAAUGCACGCCAUGCCUCUGUCAUUUGAAAUUUCUUCAGGAAAAAAAGUGCAGCCCACAUUUGGGCUGUUUCACCAGGACAAGAAGAGACGUAACUAUUAGCUAUCACCAAUUCAUCAAGCAGAGUAGCAAAUGCUGUGGGAGAAUCUGGCCUCAUCUCAGCCCAAAUCCUCAAAAAUCCCUUGUGACAAGGACAUCACGUUGCCUCUGACUGCACCAAAACUAGGAUAAUCUGAGACACAAGGGCAGGUCACAUUUGCCCAACAGUGGCUUGCUUAUAAACUUGAACAUCUAAUGACAACUCACUGUUCCAUUGUACAGAUGCUAUUGUUGCCUGAAAGAAGGCAGCAAAUGAGAGGGCAAGAUCAUUGAGAUUUAAAAUAAAAAUAAGCCUGCUGCACUCUC